UAACAAAUUAAAAAAAUAGUUUGAGAUUUUUUGCUGCUUCGUAUUGAUUAGUAUGAUCUUGUAUUUCAUUUCAUUAUUAUUGUUAUUAUUGAACUUGUUUCGUCUAAUGUUGCCGUUUGAUAUACAGGCAACGGCCUAAUGGAAACAGUAAACCGAAUUAAGAACGCUAACUGUACCAGUGGCGCGCUAAUGGGCUGAGCCAAUAAAGCAUGGCAGGGCCCGCUCAGUCUUGGCGCGCUCCUCAUCAAUAUCGCUACAUUCCAGAAUGCGUCCCGUUUUACUCCUGACGGGCGUCCUGCUGGCAGUUUCGGCCGCAAACGACCCGCAUUCCAUCACCAAGCGCUCCUUCUACCUGCUCUUCCCCAAGGGCGCAGUCCUUCAGUUCACCUACGGCUUGACGGUGCCCUUUGUGCUGCCCCGCAGGUCCAUCAAUCUCACCUGGGGCUUCCAGGCGCAGUUCAACCUGCCCAGCAGCCUGUCCAACUUCUACCCCACCACCAUUGACGUGCGCUCCAACUCCUACUGGUUCGACUUGCCUCGCGUCAAGUUCUACCAGUAUCUGUCCAAGCUGCUGGACAAUUUCGGCCUGAAUGGGGAGCAGUGCGUGCUGAGGUCCUGCUGCGAAGUUGCCGAAAUUCCGAUGUACGACCGCGAGGACUCAGUGCUGGAGAAAAUCGUCCAGUACCUAUUCACGCCGUCAAUCGAGUUGAGUUUGAACGCCAGCUCCGAAAGCGUGCAAGAGCCUGAGGACGCCCUGACCAAGAAACUUCUCCAGGCUGAGGAGCUGGGCAAAUCCCAAGGGGGCUGCGAUGACCAGUACUCGAACUGCAUAAUGUCGAUUGUGGACUUAAUGACUGUAUUAUACGUCACUUAACUGGA